CUCCAUCCAUGCUUUUGUUCCGGCCCUCCGGUCCAGUUUAAGAACCCAUUUGUGGCCCUCGAGUCAAAAAGUUUGUCUACCCCUGCUUUAGCCUCACUGCAGCCCAGGCAGAGCUGACACUGCUGAUGGCAUCAGAAGCAGAUGCUGUGAAGUAUUAGUGUCUGUAUUGUGACAUUAACUUUGCUUAGUGGAUUCAAUGGAGGCAACAUAGUUCUUGUUAGAGAGGAGCAAUGUUCCCCAGCAACAUAAGGCCUGAAGGAGACAAAUGCCUAAUGGCCUGAAUGAAGGAAAAAUGCCUCUUAUUCUGAAAGAGCAGGUCCUGAAGAAAGAUAUGCAAAACCAGCAGCUAAAGGAAGCCUCACAGGCGCCCCAGAAACAAACUUGCCCUAGAAAUCACAUCUGCUGAAGGUGCUGGAGGACACUGAGUAUACUUGGUGUGUACUGUGCUAUAUGCCCCCCAAUCCUGUCCUGGAUUGAGCUGUGGAAAUACAGGAUCCUGGACUUGGAGCGUAAGAACUACAUUACCCAGAAGGCCGGGCGCGGAAUGACAACGGGAUGCGCCAAUGGAGGCUCAGGAAAGGCGUUUCCGCUUGGCCACUUGUGUAGGGCGGGACUGGCAGGCCUCCUGGCGGGGUUUUGUCCUCUCUCAGUUUUAUUCUCAGGCGGUCAGGAGUUCCUGGUCGCACAGUCCCGUGGAGAAGGCUGGAGAGUGGUGCUCCCUGCCUCACAGCCCGUGGUGGGAGCCUGCAGGGGUGCGCACAGCUCACAUGUGGGAUUGAAGCUCCCAGUCGCUAACAGGGCCGGACCAGGGCCGGACCAGUGCCGGACCAGGGCCGGGCCAGGGACCGCCAUUCCCGCAGCGGCCUCUUCUCCGGGGGCUCCGGCCCCGCUCUGCCCACAGAGUCCAAUGGCGGCGCCCGAGCUGAGUUGCAGGCCUGAGGUUGGCGUGACCUUUGAGGACAUUGCCCUGUACUUCUCCAGGGAGGAAUGGAGCCUCCUUGAUGAGGGUCAGAGACAGCUGUACCUGAAUGUGAUGCUGGAGAACUUUGAACUUAUAUCCUCCCUGGGUUGCUGCUGUGGAGCAGAGAAUGUGGAGGCACCAACUGAACAGAAUGUUUCUGUAAGAUUGUCACAGACAAGGAAUCCCAAGUUAGCCUUGUCUUCCCAGAAGAGCCACAGUGAGAGUUGUAGACUAGUUCUGGGAAACAUUUUCAAAUUGACUGAGCUUCAGGGAACACAACAUGGACAGACACUGUUGGGGAAUGGGGCAGGUGCAAAAAAGCUCUUUUUCAAAGAAGAAUUUCACCAGCAGCAUGUGAGAGAGAAGACUUUCAUUAGCGAUGUGGACAGGACCUCACUUACAAAUGGCUGCAAUUUGGACGUGUCCCAGAAUCAUUUUACCUGGGGGAAGCUUGGGCAGGGCAUUCUUACGGGGUCAGGGCAUGUCCACCAAGAGAAUACUCAGACCAGGGAAAGGCCAAAUGAUAUUUUGAAGUGUGAGGUGACAUUUCAAAGGAGAAAAGAUUAUUACAUCAGAAAAGAAUGCGAAGAAGACAUUGGCUGCAACGAUACGUUUAUUCAAGACAAGGGUGUCCAUGCUGGAAGUGGGUGUUUUGUUUGCUGUGAGUAUGGAAAAUAUUUUACCAAGUGUUCCAGCUUUCAUUAUCAGAGAUGUCAUAUGGGAGAAAGGUCUUAUGAGUGCAGUAAAUUUGGGAAAUCUUUUAUUAGUAGCAAUCAACUUCAUUAUCAUCAAACAGUUCACACUGGAGAAAAGCCUUAUAAAUGCACUGAAUGUGGGAAAUCUUUUACCACUAGCAGUAACCUUCGUUGUCAUCAGAGGGUUCACAAUGGUGAAAAGCCUUAUCAAUGCAGUGCGUGUGGGAAAGCUUUUACCACAAUGCAAAGCCUUUGUCAUCAUCAGAGACUUCACACUGGAGAAAGGCCUUAUGAGUGCAGUGAAUGUGGAAAAUCUUUUACCACUAGCAGUAACCUUCAUUGUCAUCAGAGAGUUCACACAGGAGAAAAGCCUUAUAAAUGCAGUGAAUGUGGGAAAGCUUUUACGAGGAUGCAAAACCUUUGUCGUCAUCAGAGACUUCACACUGGAGAAAGGCCUUAUGAGUGCAGUGAGUGUGGGAAAUCUUUUACCACUAGCACUGCCUUUUGUUGUCAUCAGAGAAUUCAUACUGGAGAAAGCCGUUAUCAAUGCAGUGAAUGUGGGAAAUCUUUUACCACUAGCAGUAACCUUCGUUGUCAUCAGAGAGUUCACACUGGAGAAAAGCCUUAUAAAUGCAGUGAAUGUGGGAAAGCUUUUACCAAUAGCACUGAUUUUUGUCGUCAUCAGAGAUUUCAUACUGGAGAAAGACCUUAUCAAUGCAAUGAAUGUGGGAAAUCUUUUACCGAUAACAGCAACCUUCAUUGUCAUCAGAGGGUUCACACUGGAGAAAAGCCUUAUAAGUGCAGUGAAUGUGAGAAAGCUUUUACUAGUAGCACUAAACUUUGUCGUCAUCAGAGAGUACACACUGGAGAAAGGCCUUAUCAUUGCAGUGAAUGUGGGAAAUCUUUUAUCACAAGCACUGACCUUCGUUGUCAUCAGAGAGUUCACACUGGGGAAAGGCCUUAUCAGUGCAGUGAAUGUGGGAAAUCUUUUACCAGUAGCAGUACACUCCGUAAUCAUCAACGUUCUCACACUGGAGAAAGGCCUUAUCAUUGUAGGGAAUGUGGGAAAUCUUUUAUCACUAGCACUCAACUUCGUUGUCAUCAGAGAGUUCACACUGGAGAAAGGUCUUCUCGGUGUAGUGAAUGUGGGAAAUCUUUUAUUACUAGCACUCACCCUAAUUGUAAUCAGAGAAUUCACACUGGAGAAAGGCCUUAUAAAUGCAGUGAAUGUGGGAAGUCUUUCACCAGGUCAGAUAGUCUUCAUGAUCAUAAGAGAGUUCAUACUGGAGAAAGGCCUUAUGAAUGCAGUGAAUGUAGUAAAUCUUUUACACGUAGAAAUGGCCUCCGUGAACAUCAGAGAGUUCACACUGGAGAAAAGCCUUAUAAAUGCAGGGAAUGUGGUAAAUCUUUUUCCAGUAGGGGCGGCCUCCAUAAUCAUCAGAAAGUUCACUCUGGAUAAAGGCCUUAUGUGUGCAAUUAAUGUGAGGAAUCUUUCAGCCAAUCUUCUCUCUUUGCUUUGCACAUAUGAAUUCAGGUGAAAAAUUUCUUAUAUGUGUAGAAAAUGCAGUUUUUUUGUUAGGUCUUAACAAUAUGGCAAACUUUGUGAAAUCUCAUUAAUCUGAAUUGAAUCACAUACAUUUAAACACAAACAUUAUUGAAAGUUCCCUUAAGUAUUAUUGGGUUUUUUUUUGUGUGUGUGUUUUUUAUUAUUAUUCUGGAAGUGUAUGUAUCUAUUUUGCA